AUGCCUCUGUUAUGGUAUCAUCAAUUCAUAGUGGAAGAAAUGGAAAGCACAGAGAUAAAGAUAGCCAGGUUUUCAAGUUGUCGUGGGGUAGCAUUUGAAAUCAAUCCUAAUAGAAGCAACCAUUUUGCAAUUGGAUCACCCACAAAACAGGAACGAAUUGGAACUUGGCUUUGGCUUCCAUGGACUCGAGCCAAUUCAUUCAAAGUUCUUCCUCAGCCUCAUACAAUUAGUCCAACUCGGAGCAGGGCCAGCAGCCACUUCUGUGACAUUGACUUUGAUGCCAGUGAUUUGGAGGUAGAGUUCAUUGCUCAAGUUCAAGAUAUAGAGAAACCAGAUAAAGCUAAUGGAGUUAAGGUGCAAAAGCUACUUUCCAGAACUGAUCCACCAAAGAGGUCAAGGCUGUCCAUAAUUCUGCUAGAUCAAGGGUUCACAUUCUACAAAGGGCUAUUUAUGAUUUGCAUGGCGUUGAAUGUGGUGGCGUUGGCUCUUUCAGCUGCAGGGUAUUUCCCUUAUGCCAAGACAAGAGCUACACUGUUCUCUAUUGGGAACAUUCUAGCUCUAACACUAUGUAGAAGUGAGGCUGUUUUGAGAGUUUUUUUCUGGUUGGCUGUGAAGACCAUUGGGAGGCCUUGUGUUUCUCUUGGAAUCAAAACUACCACUACUUCAUUCCUUCAAAGUGUUGGAGGAAUCCAUAGUGGUUGUGGGGUUUCUUCUAUAGCCUGGAUUGUUUAUUCCAUCGUUCUUACUUUGAAAAACAAAGACAAAACUUCCCCAGAGAUAAUUGGGGUUGCUUUCACCAUCCUCUCACUCAUUCUACUCUCUUCUCUAGCUGCUUUUCCUCUUGUCCGCCACCUUCAUCAUAAUGUUUUUGAGAGAAUCCACCGUUUUGCUGGAUGGAUGGCUCUCAUCCUUCUCUGGUUAUUCAUUCUUCUCUCCAUAAGCUAUGAACCUAGCUCACAUACCUAUGAUUUGACCAUGUCUAAGGUGGUCAAGAAGCAAGAGUUUUGGUUCACUUGGGCUAUCACAAUUCUCAUUAUCGUUCCUUGGCUGAGUGUUAGAAAGGUACAAGUGAGUGUAUCAGCUCCAUCGAGCCACGCCUCUAUCAUCAGGUUUGAAGGGGGUGUUAAAGCAGGUUUACUAGGUAGAAUAAGUCCAUCACCCUUUUCAGAAUGGCAUGCCUUUGGAAUCAUAUCUGAUGGAAAGAAAGAGCACAUGAUGCUUGCUGGAGCAGUUGGUGACUUCACCAAGUCCUUGAUUAGCACCCCACCAAAGCAUCUUUGGGUCCGCACCAUGCAUUUUGCAGGCUUGCCUUACCUAGUGAAUUUGUAUGAAAGGGUAUUGUUGGUUGCCACAGGGUCAGGGAUUUGUGUGUUCUUGUCAUUUCUUUUGCAGCCUAGUAAAGCUGAUGUGUGCUUAAUUUGGGUGGCCAAGGAUAUUGAAUUGAACUAUGGAAAGGAGAUAAGAGAAUUGGUCAACAAAUUCUCUACAGAGAAAGUUAUGGUGCAUGACACAGCAAUUUCUGGUCGUCCCGAUGUAGCUGAGAUGAGCGUGAAUGCUGCCAUUAGGUGGAAUGUUGAAGUUGUCAUCGUCACAAGCAACCCUGAAGGCAGUAGAGACGUCCUUAGGGCAUGCAAGAGGGCUAACAUCCCUGCCUUUGGCCCCAUUUGGGACUCUUGA